UCUUUAAGUAUUGUAAUAUUACUGUAUCUAUUAAAUUCUGUAAAUUCCGUCAUGAACGUAACUGAGAAACAGAAACAAAUAUUAAUAAAUUUUAUGCGGGCUAAUCCUGAUUUCGGGAGAGGACGGUUAAGAUAUAACCGUGAAAAUAAAAAACAAAUUGAGAAAUUAUGGGAGAAAGUAACGUCUGCCUUAAAUUCUUCAGGCUGUGGUCCACAAAAGCAACCAAAGGAAUGGGCAAAGACAUGGCGUGAUUGGAAGUCCAACUUACUAAAAAGAGUAGCCACAUACAAAAGUUACGCAGCAGGAACUGGAGGAGGACAACCAAAAAUUUUGGAUACAAGCCCAGCUGAAGAUGACUUACUUGAAUUUUUAACACCCGAGGCCAGUGGAAUGUGUAAUAUUCCUGAAGGAGGUGCUAUAAGCGAUGUACCUAUUACUGAUCUGACCAUUGAAAGAGUUUUGACAUCGCAGAAAUGGCAGAAUCCUUCUACUUCGCAUCUACCGAUUUGUCCUGAUCUGACCGCUGAAAGAGUUUCGUCGCAAAAACUGGAAAAUCCUUCUACUUUGCAAAUUACGAAGUUUUCGACCUCUCCAAAUUUGCAUACUGAGGAGAGUAUCAGACAGGCGACUUCGUGCUUCCAAGGACUUGAAGAACAUUCCUUCCACAGCGACGUAACAAACAAUGAUACAGAGAAUUUUCCAAUAAGUAUAUCCUCUAAUGUACUUCGUUCAAUAGAAAAUGAACAAAAACAGAUUCCAAAACAAGUACAUUGCAUCAAGUCUGGUCCAAUCUCAAUCAAAAAUAUCAAGAGACAUUCUGAUGAUGCAGAUACCUCUAACAAAAAAAUAAAGAAGCAAAACAUAAAAAAUGUAUUUGAACAACAUACCACAGACUACUGCAAUCUUCAGGAACAAAUGUUGCAAUUAAAACAGGAAAAGUUAACCAUACUAAAAGAAAGCUUGGAAUUGAAAAAAAAAGAUCACGAAGAUCAUACCAGGUUUUUUAAAUCAUUUCUUGAAAAGAUGGAUGACCUAAUGAACAUUGUUCAAUCAAUCUGUCCGCAAUAUUUGGAAAACUGA